AUGGUCACAACCAAAGAUAUCACCCUUGCUCACACUUUCGCGAAGAUCAACGACGCCUCCUCGAGCCCAUCCUCCAGGACUCCUGUCCUCCUCGUCUUCAUCAAUGGUCUUAUGCUCCCCCGAAAACAAUGGUCCGCCACCCUCAACCAACUCUCGACUCUCCUCGCCUCCCGAACUAAGCCCAUCUACACCCUCACCUACGACCGAUACGGCCAAGGUGAAUCCCGCUCCCCCGACAAUCCAGACUGGAAGCCCACCCCACACGAUCUCUCCGCUGCUGCCACCGAGCUUGACGCCCUUCUAGCAGACACCCUCGCGACCCAUGCCACCGAGUUGGGACCGCACCCAACCCUGAUAUUCGUGUCCCACAGCAUCGGCGUGCCCCUUGCACGUAUCCACAACCAACAAACCACCAACUCGAAGCACCUCGCAGCUGCGCACCUGUUUCUGGACAGCAAUAUCGCCAACACGGACUUCAUCUCCAUCUUCCCUGACCCAGAUUCACCAGACUUCGACCCCUCGAUACAGCUGCCAGAGGGAACCACGCCGGAUGAUCUGCGCGGUCUGCGCCAGCGCACAAGGGCAAUGUUCCACCCAUCCAUCCCAAAUCCGGAGGGUUUGGACCGCAGCAACCUCGCUGAGCUCCUACCAAACGCAGACAAACCGACACUGCGCGGACCAGAGGUCUCCACGGGCAAGGAGACGUCACCUUACCUCACAGUCGUAGGCCACGACCCCGUCGCCUUCGCUCAGGAAGGCCUCAGAAUGCAGGGAACGCAUGUGGGCUUCAACGAGAUGUACAUGCAGCCCGUAUGGGACGCGUAUAACGAAGGUUUGAUGGAGUUGGUCGCGCACAAGGAGAGGGUGAAGGGGGUGAUCAUUGCGGAAGGGGCAGGGCAUUUUGUACAGAGGGAUACGCCGGAAGUUGUGGCGAGGCAAGUUGUUGAUUUGAUUCAGAGAGUUGAAGGAGGAAAGUAG